CGCACAGCUCGGACACACGUGGUGGUGGUUGGGGGUGCGAGUGGAAAAUCUCGCGCCGCUCGCGUUCGGCAGGAGCCGGACUCUGCCUCUCGACGCCCGGGCCCCAUCCCCAGCUCAGCGCGGCGGCGGCGGAGGAGGCAGCAGCAGCAGCAGAGGAGCCAUGGCGGAGACCGCGAGGCUGCAGUUCCACGAAAUGGGGCUUGACGACCGCAUCCUGAAGGCGGUGGCGAAGCUGGGCUGGGCGCAGCCGACCCUGAUCCAGGAGCGAGCCAUCCCGCUGGCGCUCGAGGGCAAGGACCUGCUGGCGCGGGCGCGCACAGGCUCCGGCAAGACGGCGGCAUACGCCCUCCCACUCAUCCAGCGCGUGCUCACCGCCAAGGAGGCGGUGUGCGAGCCGGCGGUGCGCGCGCUGGUGCUCGUCCCCACCAAGGAGCUGGGCCGGCAGGCGGCGCGCAUGCUGGGUCAGCUGACGGCGUACUGCUCACGCGACGUGCGCGUGUGCGACGUGUCCGGGCAAGUGGAGCUCAGCGCGCAGAGGCCCCUACUGAUGGAGAAACCGGACGUGGUGGUGGGGACCCCGAGCCGCGUGCUCGGCCACCUGCAGCAGAAAAACCUGGCGCUGCGCGAAUCGCUCGAGAUGAUCGUCAUCGACGAGGCCGACCUCAUCUUCUCCUUCGGCUUUGAGAACGACCUCAAGGUCCUCUUGGGGCACCUGCCCAACAUCUACCAAGCCUUCCUGAUGUCGGCCACGCUCAGCGAGGACGUCAGCGCCCUCAAGAAGCUCAUCCUGCACAACCCCGUGACCCUCAAGCUGCAGGAGUCUCAGUUGCCCGACAGCGGCCAGCUGGCUCAGUACCACGUGAAGUGCGAGGAGGAGGACAAGUUCCUGCUGGUCUACACGCUCCUCAAGCUGGGGCUCGUGCGCGGCAAGACGCUCGUCUUCGUCAACGCCAUCGAGCGCUGCUACCGCCUCAAGCUCUUCCUCGAGCAGUUCAGCCUCCCGGCCUGCGUGCUCAAUUCCGAACUGCCCGUGCACUCCAGGUGCCACAUCAUCAGCCAGUUCAACCAGGGCUUCUACGACUACAUCGUCGCGACGGACGAGCACUCGCUCACCGAGAACGCCAACCGCGAGCGGCCCUCGUCGGACGGGGAGGGAAAGAAGGAGGAGCCGUCCAAGAGCAGGAAGAGGAAAGCGGUGAAGAGGGGUAAGGACAAGGAGUACAGCGUGGCCCGGGGCAUCGACUUCCAGAACGUGUCCAACGUCAUCAACUUUGACUUCCCGCCCACAGUGGAGGCGUACAUCCACCGCGUGGGCCGGACGGCACGGGCCGACAACCAGGGCACGGCACUCACGUUCGUCAACCACAAGGAGAUGUCGCUGCUGCAGGAGGUGGAGACGAUCCUAGCAGGAGACAAAGAGAGCGCGGCUCUGAAGCCCUACCAGUUCCGCAUGGCGGAGAUCGAGGGCUUCCGCUACCGCUGCACGGACGCCAUGCACUCCGUCACUAAGCAGGCCAUCAAGGAGGCGCGUCUGAAGGAGAUCAAGCAGGAGUUGCUCAACUCCGACAAGCUCAAGACGUACUUUGAGGACAACCCGCGCGACCUGCAGCUGCUGCGGCAUGACCGGGCGCUGCACCCGGCCGUCGUGAAGCCGCACAUGAGGAACGUCCCCGACUACCUCAUCCCGCCCACGCUGAAGCAGAUUGCGCGGCCCACGCGGGGAAGCAGGAAGCGGUACACGCCUGGCCCGAGCACGACCACCACCAGAAGACCCAAGAGGCAGCAGCAAGACCCGCUCAAGACCUUCAAGUUCGCGGACAAGGAGUAGGCGCGGGGGGCAAGAUCCUGAGCGGGCGGGCGCAUGAAACGACUCCCUCCCCCGUGCUCCGUCUGUCCGGGGGAGGAGCAGAAACCAUCGCCACCUCGCUCUCUUCCCCGCUUCACCAUCGCUGUGCCCGGACGUUGCCUUGUUCAUCAGGGAGGCGUCAAACUUGUACAUUCGUUGGUUUUCGGGGUGUUUAGUUUUUUUUAAUAAACAUCAGCGUACAGAUAA